CUACAGUAUUCUUCCAAUUAUUUAUUAUUAUAUCAAGCGUAUUCCCUUAAAAUUAUUUUAUUUUUUGGCCUUUUUAAUUUAGUAAAGAUAGAUGUUUUCUCUUUCAGGUCUUCCUUAAACUUUUCUACUUUGCAAGUGGCCACUUCUUUGAUUAGUUUGAUAAGAUUAUCUUCCCUCGUUGUUUAUAAAUUGCUGCCUUCCAUCUGUUCCCGUUAUUGCUCUGCUUGCCUCAUUCAUACAUUCUUGAGGUUGGAAGAUACCCUUCUCUGAGUAUUGCUGGAAUCUAAGAUUUCAGCCUUUUGUUGAAAAUAGAAGGAAUUUGCUAAGUUCUAGGUAAAUUACCAAAACGAACAGAAUAAGCAAUACAGUAUACCCCAGCAUCUAGCAACCAUGGCUGAAGAAGAUAUCUAUACUAAAGAUGGCACGGUAGAUUAUCGUGGGAGACCGGCUAACAAGAAGAAAACAGGAACUUGGAAAACUGUCCCCUUUAUCCUAGGUAAUGAAUGCUGUGAACGUUUGGCAUACUAUGGGAUGAGCACCAACCUAGUGAAUUAUCUCACUCAACAACUCAGCCAGGGUAAUACUACAGCUGCUAAUAAUGUCACCAAUUGGUCUGGAACUUGCUACAUUACACCAUUGAUUGGAGCCUUUAUGGCUGAUGCCUACCUCGGAAGAUUUUGGACAAUUGCCGUUUUCUCAAUCAUCUAUGUUUUUGGGAUGACAUUGCUAACAAUGUCAGCAUCUGUCCAUGGACUAAUGCCAACCUGCGACAAUGGUACUUGCCAUGCAACAACAGGACAAACUGCCGCCUGCUUUGCAGCACUUUACCUUGUUGCUCUGGGGACUGGAGGGAUUAAGCCUUGUGUCUCAUCCUAUGGUGCAGAUCAGUUUGAUGAAGCUGACGAGAAUGAGCGGGUCCAUAAAAGUUCUUUCUUCAAUUGGUUCUAUUUUUCUAUCAACAUCGGUGCUCUUGUUGCUGCUUCUGUUUUGGUCUACAUACAGAUGCAUGUGGGUUGGGCAUGGGGUUUUGGUGUUCCAGCAGUGUGUAUGGCAAUUGCAGUUGUGAGUUUCUUCUCAGGUACACCCAAGUUCCGGAACCAAAAACCAGGAGGCAGCCCUCUGACACGACUUGUCCAAGUGCUGGUUGCAUCCUGUAGGAAAUUUCGAGUUACAGUACCUGCUGACAAGUCUCUUCUGUACGAGCCUGCAGAUGAGGAGUCUGUUGUCACAGGAAGUCGCAAGAUUGAUCACUCAGAUGCAUUUGGUUUCUUGGACAAAGCAGCAGUUGAGACAGAGAAUGAUCACACCAAGGUCUCAGUUAAUGCAUGGAGACUCUGCUCAGUGACUCAAGUUGAGGAGCUCAAGUGCAUUGUACGAAUGCUUCCUGUAUGGGCCACUGGCAUAAUAUUUUCUACUGUAUAUGCUCAGAUGAGCACCAUGUUUGUCUUGCAAGCUGACACCAUGGACGUUAGCAUGGGCCCAAACUUCUCAAUCCCACCCGCAACUCUCUCCAUCUUUGACACCAUCAGUGUACUUAUCUGGGUUCCAAUUUACGACCGCCUUAUUAUCCCCUUUGUCAGAAGAUUCACUGGGCACAAACAUGGAUUUACUCAACUCCAACGGAUGGGAAUCGGCCUUUUCAUCUCAAUCUUUUCUAUGGUGGCUGCAGCAAUUCUGGAGAUAAUGAGACUUCGCAUGGUUAGAGAGCACAACCUUAUCAAUCAGACUGCGAACCUACCAAUGUCAGUAUUUUGGCAGAUCCCACAAUACUUCCUCAUUGGAUGUUCAGAGGUGUUCACCUUCAUUGGGCAGUUGGAGUUCUUCUAUGAGCAAGCACCCGAUCACAUGCGGAGCCUGUGCUCUGCUCUCUCACUCACAACAGUGGCCCUGGGGAACUACUUGAGCACAGUAAUAGUUAACAUUGUUACUAGUGUCACAACAAAGAAUGGAAGUCCUGGCUGGAUACCAUCAGACAAUUUGAACAAGGGUCACAUUGACUACUUCUUUUUGCUCUUGGCCAUCCUGAGUGUCCUGAACUUGAUAGUUUAUAUCUUCAUUGCAAAGUGGUUCUCCUAUAAGAAGGCUGUUGGGGAAUUUCGUAAAUAGUUAUACAAUCUUAAGCUUGGAUGAAAAGAUUGAUAGGCUGCAUCAGUAUACUUGUACUCUCUUUCUGUAUUGGGGGUGGCAGUCUUAAUUUUAUUUUAAUUGGUGCUUAUGUA